UUGCAGAAAGUUUGAGACGCGUGUGAGAGCAGAUCACCACCUCCUCAGUGUGAUGAGGUCCGCCUCUUGUCAGCGCGGCUCCAGCACCAGAUGCCGGCUGCUCUCUCACGGGGUGCACGCAUUAGCCCACAUUCACUGCGACUACCUGAUGAAGAUGACAGGAAGGACGCAGUGAUGCGUAAUUCUUCUCGUCUGGUGACAUCUUGGAUGCACACAUCUCUGCUUCUGGAGCUAUGAAACUUCACUGGAAGCUCAAUUAUAACCGGUGACGGGUUUCGCCUCGGUUGGUGCACUAGCAGCAUCACUUCUCCUGUGCUUCCUUCGCUCUGCGAGCUUCACAACAUGUUUAAGUUGUGUCUUGUCAUCGUGGUGUGCGGUGCGCUUUACCCGCGGAGCCUCGCAGCGCCACAGGCCAGGGCUGCAGAUCACAGGUCACACGAUGCGAGCGACGUGGGGCAGGAGGACAGGCUGCAAGAGGAGCUCGACGGCCAGGAGAGCAUCCUCUCUAAGCUGCUGGGUGAUUAUGACAAAGUGAAAGCCCUCUCGGAAGGCUCUGACUGUCGGUGUAAAUGUGUUGUCAGACCCCUGAGCCGGAGCGCCUGUCAGCGGAUAGAAGAAGGCAGCGCCACGGCGCAGGACUUCUUCACCGUGGAGACCAUCACAUCUGGACCCAAGUGCAAGUGCGCCUGCAUCGCUCCUCCGUCGGCGGUCAACCCGUGCGAGGGAGAGUUCAGGCUGAAACAACUCAGGGAAGCUGGGAGGGAGAAUGUCAAGUUGUCCACCAUCCUGGAGCUGCUGGAGGGCUCCUUCUACGGCAUGGAUCUGCUGAAGCUGCACUCCAUCACCAAUAAGCUCCUGGAUCGGGUGGACCACAUUGAAAAGGUGGUGUCUGUGAACAACACCACAGAUGAGGUGAAGCCCAAGGGGACUCCUCCUAUUGAUGCAAAUGUAACUGAGAGCCCACCCACCACGACUCUACCUCCUCCUCCUCUUCCUCCUCCUCCUCCUCAGCAUCAGGACAAGAAGAAACUCAAUGAGGUCAGUGGAGCAGCAGCCUAUCAGAAGCCAGAGGGAAAGUAUGAGGAGAAGUUUAUUGGGGGAAAUUUGUCCUUCCAGCAGACAGAUGGUUCUGCUCAGAUCAUCGAGAUGAAACCGCAGGUGACUCCCAAAAACCCGGCUAACAAGGAGGCUUCUCAGGUGUCGAAGGUCGGUCCCAACGGCAUGAUCAUCAGAGGAAUGACUUUUUAUAAAUCUGAGCCGGAUCCAAUGGUGGCAGAUGACGGGGAACCAGGAGAGAACUUUUUUGAGUAUCAUGGGUUCAGUGGUGAUGGCCCAAUCAACAUCUUCAUUGAGGAGAAUCUUCUCCAGCACAAAGUCCCUGGGGCCAGAACAAGGGCGGGACCUAGAUCAUUCCGACCAAAGACAACGACUCCUUUGCAUGGUUCCGAGAAGACCAGCCAAUCAACAAAACCAAAGGAGUCCAGGUCAGAAACGUCAGACUCCCUCGGUACCUUUGAAAGCACAUCACAUCAUUCCGCAGAAGUAAAGAUUGUCACCUCCAAGAGGAGAAGUGUCACGUCUGCACCAUCCACUGCCACACGAAAAACCAGGACCAUAGAGACUACAGCUCAGACUACCCAAAGAGUCAUGGCUGGAAUCACUGAGUCGCCAAACCCCUUGAUGGAUGAACCAGCCAAUAACCGUCCAAGCAUCACUGCCAAGGAAACAACGGAAACUACAAUGAGCCCAACCCACCCCUCUGAAAAAACAGCCCCCAAGGAAAUCCCACUUGCAAGAAAUACCGCAGCCACCAUGAUGAAAAUGUCUAUCCUGAAACUGAAAGAGCAAAUGAAAACUGUACCAGGCAGCACUGCAGCUAUUCCAAGUACACGUUCACCAAAUCCAACUACAGAGGCAUCAACUUCCACCAACUCCAUCACAACCCACGCCGCCGUGACCUCAGCGCCAGUACAGCCCACGGAAUCUUCCACAGCAGCUACUUUCAAAACUCCAGAGGAAGAAACCAAAUCCACCUUCUUCUCAGAUACAACUUUGCCUCCUACUACACAGAGACCGACCACUCAGCCAUUCACCACCCCUACGACUACGUCUGCUACAGCCACCAGCACCAGCACCACCACCACCACCACCACCACCACCACCACCAGUCAGGCUCCCCAAGUGAAGCAGAGAUACAAAAUCAGCUGGGAGGAGGAAGAGGGGGUGGGGAAAAGACUGGGAUUAGAUGAAAAAAUGCAAAGACAUGAGGAAGCGAAGUCAACAAAACCUGGCGAGUGUAAGGACACUUUGGCAACGAUCUCCGAGCCAGUAACACACAACACCUAUGGCAGGAACGAGGGAGCGUGGAUGAAGGAUCCGAAGUCUGACAAUAACAAAAUUUAUGUUACAAACUUCUUUUAUGGAAACAACCUCCUCGAGUUCCGCAACAUGGAGGUUUUUAAACAAGGCCGUUUCACCAACUCCUACAAGCUUCCUUACAACUGGAUCGGCACAGGCCAUGUGGUCUACGACGGAGCCUUCUUUUACAACCGUGCCUUCUCCCGUGACAUCAUCAAGUAUGACCUGCGGCACCGAUAUGUGUCCUCCUGGACCAUGCUGCACGAUGCCCUGGUUGAGGAGUCCUCGUCGCCGUGGGAGUGGCGCAGUCACUCAGACAUCGACUUUUCCGUGGAUGAGAGCGGCCUGUGGAUCAUCUAUCCGGCGCUGGACGACGAAGGCUUCUUGCAGGAAGUGAUCGUCCUGAGUCGACUGGACCCCUCGGAUCUCAGCAUGCAGAGGGAGACCACCUGGAGGACUGGGUUCAGGAGAAACCGCUAUGGCAACUGCUUCAUUGUGUGCGGCGUCCUCUACGCUGUUGACAGCAACAACAAAAAAGAGGCCAACCUGGAGUACGCCUUCGACACGCACACAAACACUCAGAUGAUUCCCAGAAUGCCCUUCAUAAACAACUACACCUACACCACGCAGAUUGACUACAAUCCCAAAGAGGGCCUGCUGUAUGCAUGGGACAAUGGACACCAAGUCACGUACAACAUUAAGUUUGCUUAUGUAGACCCUUAGUAAGGGUUUUAAAGUUAUUUUUAAAGUGAAUUAUAUGAUUUUAAUGGAUUGUAGAUCAGUCCACAUGGCCUUCAGUGAGGAAAAAGACGGGGGCCAAAUGUAAAUACAGUCGGGUCCCAGACACACGUUGGAAACCUGCUCUAUACACUUCAGUAUAAUGUGAUUCCAUUGCUUUGUUCAUAUCAAGAAUGUUUUAAGUUUUACCUGAAAUAGAUGAAAGAUUUCCCUCAGUCAACAGAUCAAGUUGUACUCUAUUUACUGUAAUGCUGUAAAAAAGACACAGCCCUUAGAGACCCAUCAAUGUAGAGAGGUGUCAGAAUGAGUCAAUGACUCGGGUCAAAGCAAUUCACUUAAAAAACAAAUUCUUAAACGUUUUUUCUUUGAACAAAUCCCCAAACUUCUGUGGACAAAUUCAUUUCUUUCUAUUUUUGUAUACAUUACUCUAUAUCACGUUUUUCUUUGCAUCAUUUGACAGGUUCUUUGUCUUGUGAACAGCACUUACUCCCUCCAUAUCAGACUGCUUCAAGGAGACCGCAAUAAAGUUCGGAAAAUGCUAAA